GCACCCUCGCGCGCCCCCGCCUGGCGGUGCGGACCAAACGGUCUGAGCGCGUGGCUGGCGCCUGACAGCCAAGAGGGCGAGGCUGAGGAGCCGAGGCAGAUGCAGCGAUGAGCGGCCGGACGAGACCGAGAGGCGUGCUAACAAGCUGCCGUGGCUUGCCUUUGGCCCUUCUCAUAAGGAUGAAAAUGCGUCUGUUUGGUGUCUGGGCCCUGCUGGCCUUGAUUCUUUGCCCAGGGGCCCCAGAAGAGUUGUUUCAGGUUUCUGUUUGGCCAAAUCAGGCCCUGGUGGAGUUUGGACAGUCCCUAGUGGUCAACUGCAGCACUACCUGUCCAGACCCAGGACCCAGCGGAAUUGAGACCUUCUUGAAGAACACUAGGGUGGGCAAAGGGCCUCAGUGGAAAGAGUUUCUUCUGGAGGAUGUCACAGAGAAUUCCAUCCUGCAGUGCUUCUUCUCUUGUGCAGGGAUUCAAAAGGACACAAGCCUUAGCAUCACUGUGUAUCAGCCACCAGAGCAAGUGAUUCUGGAGCUGCAGCCUGCCUGGGUGGCUGUGGAUGAAGCCUUCACAGUGAGAUGUCAUGUGCCCAGAGUAGCACCCUUGGAGAACCUCACCCUUACCCUUCUCCAGGGUAACCAAGAACUGCAUAGAAAGAAAUUUAUGAGCUUGGCUGUGGCCUCCAAAAGAGCUGAGGUCAUCAUCCAUGUCAGAGCCCAAAGGGAAAAUGACAGGUGCAGUUUUUCCUGCCGUGCAGACCUGGACUUGAGUUUGCAAGGUGGGAGGCUCUUUCAAGGCAGCUCACCCAUCAAAAUACUCCGGAUCUUUGAAUUCUCUCAGAGUCCCCAGAUCUGGGUCUCUUCCCUUUUGGAGGUUGGGAUGGCGGAGACUGUGAGGUGUGAGGUGGCUAGAGUGUUUCCAGCUGAAGAAGUUAUAUUCCACAUGUUCCUGGAAGACCAGGAGCUGAGCUCCUUCCUUUCCUGGGAAGGGGACAUAGCACGGGCCAAUGCUACCAUUCGGGCCAUGGAGGCUGGUGAUCAGGAACUGUCCUGCUUUGCAUCUCUGGGUCCAAUUGAACAGAAAACAAGAAAGCUAGUGCACAGCUACAGGUUCCCUCCACCAAUCCUGGAGCUAAAAGAAUCAUACCCAUUGGCAGGGACCGAUAUUAAUGUGACCUGCUCAGGGCAUGUAUUAACAUCACCCAGCCCUACUCUUCGGCUUCAGGGAGCCCCAGACCUCCUUGCCCCUGGGGAGCCUGCCUGGCUUCUAUUUACUGCCAUGGAGGAAGAUGAUGGCCGAAAUUUCUCCUGCGAGGCCUCUUUGGAGGUGCAGGGUCAGCGGUUGAUGAAAACCACUGUGAUCCAGCUCCAUGUCCUAUACAAGCCACGGUUAGAGGAAUCUGGUUGCCCUGGCAAACAGACCUGGCUAGAAGGGAUGGAAUACAUGCUUGCCUGCAUCCCAAAGGGAAACCCAGCUCCAGCCUUGGUGUGUACCUGGAAUGGGGUGGUCUUUGACUUUGAAGUGCCACAGAAGGCAACCCAGAACCACACAGGAACCUACUGCUGUACAGCCACUAACCAGCUGGGCUCUGUCAGCAAAGAUAUUGCUGUCAUUGUUCAAGGACUGGAUCAAGGAAUCAGCUCUACCAUCUUUGUCAUUAUUACCACUGCCCUUGGAGUGGGUAUCAUCACCAUAGCACUGUAUCUGACCUAUCGGCCCUGCAAAAUGGACAGGAGGAGAUUGCUCUAUAGGCAGAAAAAGGAGGACGAAGAGGAGGAAAGCCAGUUUGCUGUUCAGCAAGAGAAAAGUACAACUCAUAUAAUUGACAACCAUUUGGUUGAAUGAGACUUAUGCUACUGUGGUUUCUCAGGGAGGGAAGAAAGGAGAGGGGAGAAAGGAAGAAACAGAAUGUUAGGCUGCAUUACCCUUUGUGUUCUUCUGUCCCGUAAAACAGUGUUUGAAGCCCCUGGGUCCCAUGUGUCCAAUAUGUCCACAAGCUCACGUUUCUCUCUCUCUCUUUUUUUUUUUUUUGAGAUGGAGUCUUGCUCUUGUUGCUCAGGCUGGAGUGCAAUGGCAUGAUCUCAGCUCACUGCAACCUCAGCCUCCUGGGUUCAAGCAAUUCUCCUGCCUCAGCCUCCCCAGUAGGUGGGAUUAUAGGUGCCUGUCACCAUGCCUGGCUAAUUUUUGUAUUUUUAGUAGAAACAUGGUUUCACCAUGUUGGCCAGGCUAGUCCCAAACUCCUGACCUCAAGUGAUCUGCCCACCUCGGCCUCCCAAAGUGCUGGGAUUAUAGGUGUGAGCCACCAUGCUCAGCCACCUUUCUCUUUUGAGCUCACUCUAGUCAUUAGGAAUCUCAGUCUCAAUGUCUGAUUUGUAAGAAAGCCUCUUGUUCCUUGCCAGGCACAUCAUCAGUCCACUCUUAGAUCCAAUAAAAAGAUCCUGCCCUUUC